GAGCGCGACGCCUGGGGCCUGGUGAGGGGCCCUUCCCCCCACGGGGCGGGCAGGGCCCGGCGAGGGCUCCCGGGCCCGGGGCAGGCAGGGCGCCGGGAGAGAGAAGUGUCAGGCCCUGGAGGCCCAGGGUGAGAGGGAUGUGGGGCUGCUGGCAGGGACUCCCAGCAGAGCGAGGAAAGGGGAUUGUAGAGAAGAGGGAGCUGGGCUCUUCUCCCAAGUGACAGGGGACAGGACAUUGGGAAUGGCCUCAAGCUGCGCCAGGGGAGGGUCAGAAUGGGUAUCGGGGUAAAAUUUUUCACAGGAAAGCUCAUGGAGGCCUGGCAGAGGCUGCGCAGGGAGAGGAUGGAGUCCCCAUUCCUGGAGGGAUUUAAAAGACGGGCAGACGAGAUGCUCAGGGACAUGGUUUAGUGGCAGAUAGGAACGGUUGGACUCAGUGAUCAAAGAGGUCUUUUUUCUGACCUGGUGAUUCUAUGAUUCUGUGAGGUGUGUGGUGGGAUCUGGGCAGCAGGAAAACAGGAAGGGAAUGUGGGAAUAGCAGGGGACUGGGGAAGGUGGUGGGAAUGCUUCAGUUGAGACUGGGGAGUUGUCUCACUGCGGGUCAGGUGGGCAAGGGGAAUUGUGUCUGAUGCCAGGCUGGGAUGCUCCUGCUUUCUCUCCCUGUGCGUCAUGACAAAACGUGAUGGCCAUUUCACCAGCACACUUAUGGUAAGUGUUGCCAUUGCCUGUUGGGUCUUUAACACCCUUAAAACAUUCCUGUCUUGCUGUAACGGCGAUGGUGGCAUGUCCACCCUUCAUUUCCAUGAUGAGAACCUUGGAGUGACCACGACGUGGGAAAAGGAUGCUGGGAAGACAUCGAGGUAGCUGGCUGCUCCGCCACAGGAACACCACAAGCUGAGACAACUUCUGUUCGACGGCAGGGCUUUGCACUCAGGGUAUUUCAGUGUUCUGCGAGGAAGGGUCUGUCUGGCCACCACUGUCCCAUCUGGAGUGGUCUGGUGUUGGCUGCCGCCUUUGGUGGAGCACCAAAGUGCCACAUUCAUCUGUGCGAAAGCUUUACUGCACCGCAUUGACAUUGUUCACACAGGUCUCUUCCUCCUGGGAAGAUCCAGGAUCUGUCCCUGUCUCGCAGAUGUGAUUUGAACUGCAAAGCGUCUCUGGUGCCAUCACAACGGUGCGUGAGCUGGGCUCUGGUUUUCCUGAGCAGUGCAGGAGAUUCCCUAUGUGUCUGGUCCUCUGUUCAUUCCCUGCUUUUCCAGGUGCAUACCUUACAGGGUGAAUUCGUGGCCGUCCAUACUGCUUCCCUCUAGCUACAGCUGGAGUUUGUAGAAAUGGACCCACCUGAAGUAGAUGGACAAGGUAAAGGAGCAAGGAACAUUUCCUUUGCUGAAUCUGAAACACAGUUAUAAAGCUCAGGAAACCAUGUUAGCUGCUGAAGUUUUAACACUGGGAAAGGAAAACUUCUUUCCUCACUUUCUUGCAAGAGCGGCAUCAGCCUGCAGCAUUUUCCGUGGCAGUUCUCUGGAGAAACACAGUUCACCUUGCACAGGGGACAGCUUUGUUGGGGCAAAAAGCUCAGGCUUUUCCUCUGCUUGCAUUUCCUAAAACACAGCUGUUGCUUUGUUCCAUAUGUUUCCAAACUGCAAUCCAGAAUUAAGGAGGGAACACUGGAGUCAUCCAGAAAUGCAAAGAGCAAGUGAUUGUUUGAUGUUUGCGUGAUUCAAAAGAGGAGAGUGAGUCUUGUGCCCAAAAAGCAGAGACUGAUGGAAGAAAAGGAGCUGCUGGCAAACUUAAAGCAGAAUUAAAGGAAUUUAUUGUCCCUUUCCCCUACCAGUUCAAUGGCCCAUGGAUACAGGAGGCAUUUUUCCAGCAUCAUGCUGCACUAUCAGAAUAAAUGGAUCUCAGCACUGUGACCUUCUGUGGUGGCCAAAGCUGUCACCUGUGUUGGGAACAUCCUCACCUUGACCAAGAUCCGCUCUGGGUCUGUAGGUGCCUGGUAGUGCCUAUGGGUUGCUCUGGUGUUCGGAUGCAAAUGACACUGUUGUGUGUUCUGCCUUUUGUGCGCCGUUUGGGUUUGAAGUGUCAAACUGCAGCUACCUUGCCUUCAAAGUAAAUAACUCCACGUCAACAGUCACUGAAAUCAGAAAUGUUCUCUGCCAUAUUUAGUUUAAACCAGACUUGCCUUUCUUCCCCCAUCUCCUCCUUUGACUCUUGUUUCUCUGGUCUUCUGGAUUUGUAAAUAACCUGAGGGAUCAUUUGUCUUCACACACAUUGAAUUUGGGUGUAGAAUGGGCUGGUUACUUUUCCCAUCGCUUGUUUCUCCUCGGCCCAAACACAGCAGUGCUGCUUAUUUCAGGGUGGUUGCAGCUUGCAGCAGUUCUCGCUCAAAUGCCACCUUAUGUCUUUGGAGAAGUAAACUUGUGAUGAGUUACCGGAUUGCUGUCCUGUUGUACUGGCCGUUACUCUUCAUUUCAGCACCCAGUUGUUAGCGUAAGAUCUCAUCGUUCCCAAAGUAUUCCUGACAUGUUUCCAAACGAGCUCAUCCACUGUGAACAGUUUCAAUCUUUGUGUUCAAAGUCCUUCAUGUGUGGCUCCUUAUUGAUCCUGUGUGAAGGAGGUACUAUCUGAAUCAUUGUCUUGGGGAAAGAGAGUUCUGCAGAGUGCUCCAGACUGGAGGAAGUGCAGACCUCACCCUUAUCUCCUUCAUAGAAUGGUGAUUUUUGCUUGGGAGGAUUCAUCUGGGAGGGUUUUGUACUUGGUCGCAUUCCAGCAAAGUCCAACAAAGUGACAUUGACACUUAGCUAAGUUACAAAGCUGUUUCCUGCUAUGCCCAUCCUCAUAAUUCAGCUGUCCGCAUCCUUUCUAUCUGCUUCUGUUAUUAUCCCAUAACUCUCUUUUCAUAGCGUGCACAGUCCCUGGGCUCUACCAGCAGCCAGGCAAAGUGGUCUCCACUGGGGUUUUCCUCCCGCUCAUCAUCAGGCACUCGGGGAUGCAGAGUUGGAGCACAGUAUGUGCUCCAGUUGGACCAGAAGUGUCCUCCUUUUAGCAGUCCUGGUGGAGGAAGGAGCAGGAAUUCCAGAGCUGCUUCAUAGAUCCAUUCCCUCCUUCCUGGUCCUUCUCUCACAUGGCAACAUCUUUCCAGGCCCACUGGUAUCGUAGCAGUGGUUGUACCAAGGAAACAGCUGCCUCUCGGGCUGUGAUGGAAUUUGCAGUAGAUGUGUUAAUCCCUGAAGGCACUAACUCAGAGCCCAAAGCCUGGGGUUGCUUGUUUGGGCUGUACUUUGCUGUGCUACAAGAGGAUGAAUUUUGGGGUGAAGCUUUACAGUGUUUUAAGUAGGUCGCACGAGCCUCGUCCUGCCGCUGUGUGGAUGUCCUGGCUCCAGUGACUAAGUGAGCAAUAAUGUGUGGCUGCCAUUGUUCAUGGCCAAGGAUCACAAACAGAUGCCACUAGUGGCCGGGAGACUGACACUAUGAUUUUCUUCUGCGGUCAGAUGCUCUCAGUCACCUGAAGGCACUGCUUAAUAACCUGCUUGCUCCCUGCCUCCGCUGAACUUGAUGAGCAGCACUUCUCCAUGCAGCAGCCCAAGGAGCAGCAGCCAUCUGGGGUUGUUUUUCAGGCCUCAGCCCAUCCUGCUCCAUGAACACCUGAUUGAGUACUGAAUGCCAGAAACCCACUGCCUGUUCUCUGUGUCUCCCUGUCUCACCGUCUCGCACCUUCCCAGCCCUACCAGCUUCUUUUGCUGCCGGCUCGGCUCUAGAUUUCUUUCCUCACCCCUCCGAGCCUCCUGGAUGCAGUGAGGCAUCAGGGAGAAGCCAGUGUGUUGCGGCCGGUUGAUUGCCUCUCCAAGGAGUGGGGCAUUUCAUGGCAAUGUUGUCUUCUGACAAGCAGGAUGUGUGUGUUCAGGAUAAUGGCUUAGGGUCGAAAUCCUUCUACAGAAAAAUGUAAGCCUUAAGGAUAUGAGGUGCAAGGAGAAAUAGUGGUGUGCUGAAGACAGAAAAGAUAGAAUGGAAACGCUGCCUUGGGCAGUUAGAGACUGAGGGGAAGGUGGUGAAUCUGUAGGAGAGGAAGCCUGGAAGAGCUGUUAAAGACAGUUGACUGGAGCUCUUUAUGCACAAUGCAGUUUCUGAUGCUGCCCUGGGUGGGUUUUGUUAACUUUUGCUUUGAAAUGAAGUUACUUGCAUUUGCUGGUGGGGUUGAGCGGCUGGAGGUGCGUUGCAUUUUCAAGGAGAGAUGUCUCAGCUGUGUUUUUCUCUUUUCUUGAAGGCCUCGGUUGGCCGGCAGAGCCCGAGGGUGGUGCCAUACCCAGCCCGCAGUUUAUGUCCUGGAGAGCCUGGCCUUCCGAGUACAGCAGUUGUGUCAAUGGGCUCAGCCGAUCACCGACUGAACCUAGCAGAAAUCCUGUCACAGAACUACGGCGUACGGGAGGAAAGGGAAGAUGAUGAUACUCAGGAGAAGCAGAAAUCGAUAGAGGAGCUGGAGAAGAGUUUCAGUGCCUCUCAGAGCAGUGAAAUGCCAUUUGAGGAGCUGCUUGCACUUUAUGGCUAUGAGGCAUCCGAUCCUAUCUCGGAGCAGGACAGUGAGAGCAAUGAUAUUACUCCAAACCUCCCAGAUAUGACUCUGGAUAAGGAACAAAUAGCGAAGGAUUUGCUUUCAGGGGAAGAAGAGGAGGAGACACAGUCUUCAGCUGAUGAUCUGACUCCAUCCGUCACAUCCCACGAUGCAUCGGACCUAUUCCCAAACCAACCUGGCUCAAACAGCUUCCUUGCUGAUGAAGACAAAGAGCCAUGUUCAUCUCCCUGUGCCUCCUCCAUGGCUGAGGAUUCAGAGGAGGAUUCCAUCCCAUCCAACGACUGUAAGAAGGAGAUCAUGGUCGGACCUCAGUACCAAGCCACUGUUCCCAUCCUCCACAUAAGCAGGCAUGGUGAAAAAGCCUACGAGAAUGAAGACCAGCUGCUUUGGGACCCAAACGUGCUCCCAGAGAGAGAGGUGGAAGAGUUCCUGUACUGUGCAGUGAAGCGGCGAUGGGAGGAAUUGUCUAGCAGCGGCCUGCCAGAAGGAGAGAUGGUGAAGGACAACGAACAGGCUUUAUAUGAGCUGGUUAAAUGCAACUUUAAUGCAGAAGAGGCGCUGCGGAGGCUACGGUUCAAUGUGAAGGUCAUCAGAGAUGAACUUUGUGCUUGGAGUGAGGAAGAGUGUAGAAAUUUUGAACACGGCUUCAGGGUCCAUGGGAAAAACUUCCAUCUUAUCCAAGCAAACAAGGUCCGUACUCGGUCAGUGGGCGAGUGUGUGGAGUAUUACUACAUGUGGAAAAAAUCAGAACGCUAUGACUGCUUCACUCAGCAGACUCGUUUAGGAAGGAAGAAGUACGUCCUCCACCCUGGAGCCACGGAUUUCACCGACAACGACUUGGAUGGGGGUGAAGUAGAAAACGCCAGUCGUUCUCGGAGCUCCCCACCGAUUCCUUCUGCAACGAGCUGCCUGGAUUCUCACUUUGGCCAAGAUCAGCUGGCAAUAGAGAGCGCAGAGCCCCUGAGUGUGGAGAGCACAGCCUGCAGCCUGGGCAGCAUGAGUGAAUCGGGGCAAGGCUAUGAGUGCAGCACUCCUGUGGAGACGAAUUGUUCCUUUGACCCCACGGAGGAGACGUCCUCGGGCGCCAUCUCAGCUUCCUGCACGCGACACACAGUCAGCCCCUCAGGAUCAGGGCUUUUUGCUUUGCCACCAACAGGACCAGGACUAGCGGAGAAGCAGGAGACGUUGCAGAGCUCUGGUGAGACGAUAACCAUGGACUUCACUCUCCCUGUAGACAUUAAUGAGGGUUUGCCUUUAAUUGCUGGCCCUGUGGAUUUGGACAGAGCCCCAGAGGCAGUGGUGGCCCCUGCGCAAGUGUCCUUAUCGGUCACAGAUUUUGGCCUCAUUGGCAUCGGAGAUGUAAAUAGUUUUCUGACUGCUCACCAGGCUUGCCCAGCGCCUGUGGCUCGGUCGGAGCCUUUGUCGCAGUGAGAGUCUCCAAUCACAAACUUGUCACAGACCCAGCAAGGACUUGGACCUGACUGAGUAAAACCCUGGAACUUCCACUGUUCCGCAGGGACAGUUUGGAGCUGUUGGUCAGAAUCCGUCUUUCCAUCCUCCUUGAUCCAAGGCUGCAGUGAAACCAAACACCUUUCUGCUCCAGUGCGUUCUGACAGUCACCAAAGCUGGGGAGGGGGUCCAUCGCCCCCCGUUCCGCUGGCCGCAUGUCACCCCAAGGACCGCCAGGCUGUUCGGAGAGCCCCUGCCCUCGGGCCAGGGAGGUGUCCCUUAGCCCCAGUGCGACAGUCUGAGUGCAGAGAUGCUUUGAGAACAGGGAUGUAUCACCGGCACUUGAGGGGGGCUGGGAUGGAGGAUGCAAUCUGAAGGUCUGAGAGCUUAGGGAAUCCACAGGGAGCACACUCCACCCGGGCUGCAGGGCAGUUUGCUCACAGAGAUGAACCUGGCGAUGCCAAAGGAAGAUGAGGAAUCUUUGCCCUUCACCCACAGAUAGAGCGUCACGAUAGAAGUCAUUGUCCCCGUUCCCCUCCCAACAGCGAUCCCGCACUCUUGUGCUGUGAGCGGCAGGCGCGCGUGCUGCCCUUUUCAAACCUCUCGCAGCUCUGCGUGUCUUUCAGCUUGCUCUGCCGCCAGCCACAGGUGGGAUGGGGCCUGGUCCAGGCGUGGAGCAUCAGGGCUUGGAAAGAGAUAGCGUGUGGUGCAGCAGGACUGUGUCCUCCUCGCCUUCCCUUGUAGUGCUGGGCUGUGGAGAACUUGUACUGGGAUUCAGGAGAGUUUCUGGACCCACAAAGCGAUGCUGAGCCCUUAGAGGGGUGCGGUGCUGCCCUUUCUGUCACUGACGGCGAAUGACUUGAUCCCUGCUGACUGGGGACAAAUGCAAGUGAAAACGUCUGUAACUUCCCAGUUCAUUCAAACUGUUUAUUAGCUGUGGGAGGAAGAGGAGGUGGAGAAGGAGGCACCGAGUCCCCAGUGCCACCAGUUCCGGGCAGGAGAGCACAGCAGUGUCUGCGUCGCACAAAAUCCCUCUGUUUUCUGAGAGGAAGCAUGUCUGUGCUGCCAUUCUCAGUGCUUCGAGGAGGUAAUGAGGGGGAUUCCGAUGGUGGGCAGCAUGGUGGGAUGCCUGUGGGUGUACUGGAGUCUGGAGUCACUUCAGUUCUCAUGCGUAUUCCAGGUCUGGGGGUGUUUGCUACUGGCUUAAAUCCAUGUGUUUUCCUUCCCCUUUUCCCCCAUGCAGGGAAUGCUGUGCUGGGCAAGGCUCUGAUGCUGAUUUUCCUUCUUCCAGCCACUUGCUGCAUUUGGGAAGGGUUUGGAUUGAGGUUCUUUGCUUGUUUUGGGGCUGCCGUGGGUGUGUGGAAGAUGACUAAAACCGUGACCCCAAAUCCUCCUUUUCCCCAGCACUGUGGAGUUGCACUCAGCCCUGCAGUGGGAGCACAGAGACGGCAUCAGGCAACUUCCUAGGAUGGCAGGAUCACACCUUGUCUCUCAUUUUCGAAGCCCGAGGCUCAUUUUUUUUGUGUUAGCUUUGUGCUGAGGUGCGGAGUCCAGGUACCCCCAGGUGCCCUGAGCGCAGGCAUCGCUUUGUCAGCUGGACAUGGUAACCAGACGUCGCUGCUCCGGCUGCUCCCAGCUGCUGGAAACAGCUGAUACAAGUGCCCGCUCCAUAGUGGAACUGCCCAGGCUGUGAUUCCCCUUUUCUCGGGGAGAGAGGAAGCUCCUUGGCUGACGGGAGAAGAAGAGGCAGAGUGAGAACACACGGGCAGCCCUCCCAGGGAGGGCCAGGCCCUGGCACCUCUCCUUCAGCCAGGAACGUUCUUAGUUUUCCUGAAACCAUUUUUUUUUCUAUUUGGUUUGUUUCAAGCCCUGACGAAAGGAGAGGGGAGGCUGGGGGAGGCAAAAAUGUCCCUUAUUUAUGUUCUUCAGUGUUGUUUACAGAUUCGCAUGGGGUCUUUCAACAUGAUUGCGGCGCUUUUUCCACGUAACUGUAAGGGAGAGGGGUGGAAAGGGCUGGGACAGGGAGGGGGAGUCGCUUGGGAAGGAGGUUUGGGUUUGGUUUUUGUUGGGGUUUUUGUUUUCCUCCUUACAAAGCACAUUCACUUUGAGCCACUCCCAGUGCUGGACUCUUCCCCCCCUUUCCCCCCAAGCCCUACACUGUGAAGUGAUACUGCCUUGAAGACCCCUCGAUGUUAUUUAUUUAAUUAAAAACCUAAUUUGAAAGUCAGCCAAAAGCCUGUUGUGUUUUGGGAGACUCGGAUGUCGCAAUUCUGUGCCUCGUGAUGGUGAAGCGAGAGAAGGGGUCCUUGACUUUUCUGUCUGAUCCUCUCCCAGCUGGGCAAGUGCUCCAUGGGCAGGAGUGGGAUCAGAGAAUCAUGGAAUGGUUUGGGUGGGAAAGGACUUCAAAGCCCAGCCAGUUUCACUCCCUGCCAUGGGCAGGGACACCUCCCACUGGAUCAGGGGCUCCAAACCCCAUCCAACCUGGCCUGGAACCCCUCCAGGGAUGGGGCAGCCACCACUGCUCUGGGCAACCUGGGCCAGGGCCUCCCCACCCUCACAGCAAAACAUUUCUCCCUAAGAUCUCAUCUCAAUCUCCCCUCUUUCAU